UGCUCUGCGUUUCCCGGGGGCGCGGGAGUGGCUGUGGGCGGGUGUCGGGCAGGGCUGGCCUGGGAGCGCGGGAUCAUAAGCCUGGAGAGUCCUGGGAGGACCCCAGGGGUCGCGGCUGCUGAGAGGGGACGCGGACAGUUGAAAUCGGGAGCGCGUAGACACCUGGGGCAGGGAGCGGGAGGUAAGGGGACGGGAGUGCCUUGGCAGAGGGCACCAGGCACCGGGGCAGAAGAGGGUAGGGCAGGGAUCAGAGUGGCAGUAGGUGAGGGGGCUGAUUGACAGAGGGCUCCAGGCAAGGACAGAAGCCAGGAGCAACAGGCGGGGACAGCCUCACACGCCUCCUGGCGAGACCAGGCUAGAUCUCUUGAAGAUGCCCGCGGGCCCCGGGACACCCGCCUCGCCGGGAGCAUCAGCAAGCGCCUCGGACCGGGGCUCAUCGGGGCCCCCAGACUGCCCGCCCUCCCCGCUCCUGACUCGGGGGUCCCGGGAAUCCCCGGCCCUUAGACAGACCGCGGUUCGCGCCAGCGUUCCGCAAAAGCUGGCAGAGACGCUGAGCAGCCAGUACGGGCUGAACGUGUUCGUGGCGGGGCUGCUGUUCCUGCUGGCCUGGGCGGUGCACGCCGCGGGCGUGGGCAAGCGGGACCUGCUCUGCUUCCUCACGGCUCUCAUGCUGCUGCAGCUGCUCUGGAUGCUGUGGUACGUGGGCCGCAGCUACGCGCAGCGCCGCCUCAUCCGCCCCAAGGACGCGCACGCCGGGGCGCAGUGGCUCCGCGGAAGCAUCUCACUGUUUGCCACCAUCACCGUCAUCCUGGGGUGCUUCAAAGUUGGCUACUUCAUUGGAUUUUCCGAGUGUCUUUCGGCCAUGGAAGGCGUUUUCCCUGUCACACACGCGGUGCACACUCUGCUGCAGGUGUAUUUUCUCUGGGGACAUGCCAAGGAUAUCAUCCAGUCUUUCAAGACUCUGGAAAGGUUCGGGGUGAUCCACUCUGUGGUCACCAACCUGCUCCUCUGGGCCAACAGUGUCCUGAAUGAGUCCAAGCACCAGCUGAACGAGCACAAGGAGCGGCUCCUCACUCUGGGCUUCGGGAACAUAACCUUAGUCCUGGAUGACCACACGCCGCAGUGCAACUGCACGCCGCCGGCGCUGUGCCCGGCCGUGUCGCGCGUCAUCUACUACCUGUACCCCUUCAACAUCGAGUACCAGAUCCUGGCCUCCACCAUGCUCUACGUCCUGUGGAAGAACGUGGGCCGCAGGGUGGACAGCCCCGCGCGCCCCGAGAUGCGGUUCCAGUUCAGCCGGGGGAUGGCGGGCGCGGCGCUGGGCCUGGGCGUGCUGGCGGCCACCAUCGGGGUGGUGGCCGUGUACCUAGUCCACAUCGGGCGCUCCAGGACCCAGAGCGAGUGGGCGCUGGUGCUCUUCUACCUGUCGGCCACCAGCCUGCUGACCCUCAUGGGCGCCGCGGGGCUGCUGGGAAUCUGGGUCUGCAGGAUGGACAAGCAGUCGCUGGAUGAGUCCAAAAACCCGGCCCGCAAGCUGGACGCGGACCUCCUGGUGGGCACGGCCUCGGGCUCCUGGCUCAUCUCCUGGGGCUCCAUCCUGGCCAUGCUCUGCGCCACCACCCGCCCGCGCUACACCUGGUUCAACCUGCCCUACUCGGCCCUGGUGAUCGCCGAGAAGUACAUCCAGAACCUCUUCAUCAUCGAGUCGGUCCACCGCGAGCCCCAGCCGCUCCGCGAGGACAUCCGCACGCUCCGCGUGGUAGCCGUCUGCAGCGGCGGCACCUCCUCCCUGGCCUCUUUCGGGGCGGUCAACGGGAGUCUGCAGCCCGGUUGUGGCAAAGAGGAAGAGGAGCCGGGCCGCCCGCCUCGCGAGCCUCGUGUCCUGCAGGGCAGCACCAGGAGGAGCGUCCUGAGGAAUGUGGCCGUCUUCCUGUUCCUCUGCAACAUCUCGCUUUGGGUACCUCCCGCCUUUGGCUGUCGCCCUGAGUACGACAACGGACUGGAGGAAGUCGUCUUCGGCUUCGAACCCUGGAUAAUUGUGGUCAACCUGGCCAUGCCGUUUUCUAUUUUCUAUCGAAUGCACGCGGCUGCCUCUCUCUUUGAAGUCUAUUGUAAGAUCUAGUCUGGUCCACACAGGAUUGGGGUCAGCUGGCCGGGCAGUGCCCGGGCCACCUGGGAAUGGCCGGGCUGGGCAAACAUCGCCUGACUCACCCGAGGAGGCGCCUUUGUCUGCGUGAUUAGGUGUCCUGUGGGCAAACAAUUAGAUCAAAGCCUGCGAGGAGCCCCAGAUCCGUCCUCGUGAGUUGAUUCUAAUCAAACCCAAAUCAUUUUAUUUCCUUCUGAGCGAAACCCUCUAUUUUAGGAAAAUAUGAUCUUAGGUUGGGAAAAAAAUGUCAAAACAAAAUGCACAGUUUGUUUUUCAUAAAAAGCACUUCCUGUUGAAAUUUAUCAGUGACCACUUACAGCCUUAUUACUGACCAUCCAUCUGCAGAGCAACCCCUUCAAUUUUGUCCUCAGAGCUGAUUGAAUGUAGCUACAGACACGUUUGGUUAAUAUUUUAGUUUCUGAGUAGGUCUAAUUUUUGAACAAAAUUACUUUGAUCACCCGGAUGGAAAUUUGUGUAUAGGUUAACGUGAAGACACAUUCCUUACCUGAAAUUUUGUGAUCAUUUUGACGUAUUUUUAAAAAUAAAAUUGACUCUUCUUUAUUUCACUAUAAAUUGUACAUGUUUAUUAUAGCAAAGUUGGACACUUCAGAAUAUUAGGGAAAAACAUCACCUGUGAUGCUUUAGUUCAAUUAAACAGUUCUGUUUUAACCUCUGGAUGUAUUUCUUCUCAUCAGGAGGAUGCGGGGAUUCCUUUGAUUGUUAUACGGCUCAGUGAUGAUCCAACAUUUUUAAUUUUGUAACCCACAUUUGAGGGAAAGGUGUCUCUGUGCUUAGCCUGCACACCACGGUGUUACCACUGUUUACCCAGCACGCACACCUUAUCAGGCAUUGUAAGUAAUCCAGAGACAGUAAAGUGUAUGGAGGAUGUACACAGGACUGGAGCCUGAGCAUCCUCAGGCUUUGGUACCCACACGGGCCCUGGAACCAAGCCCUGAGGAUACCAAAGGACAACUCGACGCCUCAAAUCCAGAGGCCUCGUCCAAAGGUUAGAAAUAUUUUAACGUCUCCUAAGGGACAUUGACAUUCGGGUAGGACUUUUAUGUUUUUCUGUAACUAU